GUAUUAAUAUUGAUAAACAAGACAAUUACAGCUAAAUAGUAAUAAUUACUCGAUCGGGGAAUUCGCGUAAUAUUUCGAAUAUAUUACACUGGUGGUUAAGUAUAACCAUAAUAUAAUAGGAUAUAAUAUUAGACUGAGUUAUGGCGAUUCGCGUGGAUCGCUCCAAACCCAAAGUACGUCGAAUGUGUUGAAUAUUUGUAAAAUAACUAUGUAAAAAAACAGCUCUGUAUCACCAUGGAGAAAGUGGAACGCAAAGAAGUAUAUGACAUUCCCGUGACCGACGAAAACGGUUUGCCCAUUAGCAUCGUGUGGAAACCCGAUCUCUACAAACUACAACAGGAAUCGCCUAAACCUCAACCAGUGUUUGCGUCCAGUGCGGUAUCGGGGUGCCCAUUCUUCUAUGGCCUAGAAUAUCACGGAGCUAUGAAUCAUAAAGAGGCGAAUUCGUUGCUUAAACAUGAAGGCAACUACCUAGUUCGAUUGAGCGUCAGCUCGGAAGAAAAAACGUACACCCUCUCUUUGAGAAUCUUUGGACGAGUGCACCAUUAUAAGUUAUUCUACGACGGACAGCAUUAUGUGUCUCAGAAGAGGUUUAAUACGAUAAAUGAUCUCGUAGCCGACGGACUAGUAACAUUAUACAUGGAAUCUAAGGCUGGAAAAUACAUUCACUUGAUGCACAGUCUAAUAAGCUACGAGAAAAGUCCGUAUAUGACUCUGAACAAGUUAAAACGCAAAACCAUCAAAAAAUUAAAACCCACACAAUUGAACGCUGAAGAAUUUGUGGACUACGACAAACCGCACAGUUUCAAAACACAUAAUUUCAAAGGACUCAAUUGGUGCGAGUUGUGUGGCAAUUUUUUGUGGGGAUUCACACAACAAGGUGUUAAAUGUGAAGAUUGUGGUUUUAGUGCACAUUUCAAGUGCUCUGAAAAACUACCGGCUGACUGUUGUCCAGACUUGAAAAUAUUCCGUGGAGUAUUUGGAAUCGAUCUAACGACUCACGUAAAAACCUAUAAAACUAACCGACCUUUUGUGGUGGAUAAAUGUGUAGAAGAGAUAGAAAAACGGGGUAUGUCUGUCGAAGGAAUCUACAGGGUGUCUGGAUUUCAGGAAGAAAUGGAUAGUCUUAGGUUGGCAUUGGAUAAAGAUGGAAAAGCCACAAUAAUGGGCGAUCAAGCCUAUGAAAAUAUUCAUGUUGUUGCUAGUAUUUUAAAAAUGUACUUGAGAUUGCUUCCGAUACCAUUGAUCACUUUCGAUGUACAUCCUCUGAUCAUAAGAGCUUUAGACAUUAAUAUGACCUGGGAGAGACUGGCGGAAGUUAGUACUGCGUUAAAAAAAUUGCCACCUGCACAUUAUAACACUUUAAGUUAUCUUAUGGCUCAUUUGCACAGAGUGACAUUGCAGUCGGAAGAAAACAAAAUGACAGCUCAAAACCUGAGUACUGUUUUUGCACCAACUCUUAUGCCUAUGCCGGACUUGAUAGCUUUCAAAGGCGCUAUUCCAGAUAUGAACCGUGAUAUAAGUGCUUUGCACAUGAUAAUUGAAAAUCAAAAUGUUAUUUUUGAUUGAUGUAUUAGUUUAUUUAAUCUUUAUCAAUUUGUGGGUGUAUUCAACACAAUUCAACCAUCCAAUGUUUUAUUUAUUUUUAUCAGUAUUAAUUUUUUUAUU